UACCCGCAGUCUGAAACCGAGCAGGACACCGAGACGCACCGCUGGGUCAAUGAACAACUUACCAGAACAAGUCAAGAACAAGCCCAGGAAUAUAUUUAAGUCUGUUUUUGUGUAGAAAUAUUUAACAUUUUAACGAUAAACGGGGGGAUACAAGUUGUGCUAGCUGGUGCGUACACGCCCCUUCGCUCUGUGUUAUGUCUGUGUAAUGUCUAUGUAUUGUGUACGCGCUUGCUGGAUGUCCACAGUUGCGUAGCGGGACCUGCAGCGGUUGGUUGGUUGGUUGUCCCGGGACCCUCCACCAUGUUCGACUACCUGGAGUGGGACGCCUUCGGACCGUCCGCGGAGCUCCUGGACCUGUACACCGCCAGCUCCAGCCCGAACCCCGGACCCGAGGAGCAGGAGCAGGAGCAGGGGCAGCCCGAUUUGGCGGCGUUUUUCCCGGAGCUGCUGGAGGCGGAGUGGCGCGGGCACCGAUGUUCACAAUCCGUGGAAAGCCAGAGCUCCAGUUGGUGUUCUGAGGACCUGCUGACCAGCCCCCCCUCCCCUCCUCCUCCUUCCUCUCCUCCUCCCCCUCCCCGCACAUACAAGCCCUGCUUCGUGUGCCAGGACAAGUCGUCUGGGUACCACUAUGGAGUCAGUGCCUGUGAAGGCUGCAAGGGUUUCUUUCGGCGCAGCGUGCAGAAGAACAUGGUGUACACGUGUCACCGCGACAGAAACUGCAUCAUCAACAAGAUCACACGCAACCGCUGCCAGUACUGCCGACUGCAGAAGUGUUUCGCCGCCGGCAUGUCCAAAGAGUCGGUGAGAAAUGACCGUAACAAGCGUAAGGGUCAGAAGGAGGCAGUGAAGAUGACCAUCAUGGAGACGUACGAGCUGAGCGCAGAGCUGGGCCUGAUCGUGGAGAAGAUCUGCAGAGCUCACAGAGAGACCUUCCCUUCGCUGUGUCAGCUGGGCAAAUACACCACGAACUCCAGUGCAGAGCAGAGGAUCCAGCUGGACCUCGGCCUGUGGGACAAGUUCAGCGAACUGGCCACAAAGUGCAUCAUCAAAGUGGUGGAGUUUGCCAAACGAGUGCCAGGCUUCACCGGGCUCACCAUCGCAGACCAGAUCACCCUGCUCAAGGCCGCCUGCCUCGACAUACUGAUUUUGAGGAUCUGCACGCGCUACACUCCGGACCAGGACACCAUGACGUUCUCUGAUGGCCUCACACUGACCCGCACACAGAUCCACAACGCCGGCUUCGGACCGCUCACCGACCACGUCUUCUCGUUCGCCGGACAGCUGCUGCCUCUGGGGAUGGACGACACAGAGAGCGGCCUGCUCAGCGCCAUCUGCCUGGUCUCUGGAGAUCGUCAGGACCUGGAGGAGCCCUCAAAGGUGGAGGUUCUGCAGGAGCCUCUCCUGGAGGCUCUGAAGGUUUACUCGCGCAGACGCAGACCCAGCAUGCCCCUCAUGUUCCCCAAAGCUCUCAUGAAGAUCACCGACCUGCGCACCAUCAGCGCCAAAGGAGCCGAGCGCGUGGUCACCCUGAAGAUGGAGAUCCCGGGCUCCUUACCUCCGCUGAUCGCCGAGAUGCUGGAGGACCUUCAGAACCUGCAGAUGAGCCACAGGAGACAGUGUUCUACAACCAGCCCCACACCCACAAACACAACCAGCCCCACAUCCACCUGCACAACCAGCCCCACAUCCACCUGCACAACCACGCCCACCCCACACACGUCCACCGGGGGCAGGCUCUGAGACGGCCAGGGCACUAGGACACUAGGACUACGGAAAACCCAGGAACUCGCGAUGUCAAGAUUUUUAUAUAGUUUUCUAGAGUCUGACACUUUCACUUUUAUGACGGCCCAGUGUGCGAUUGUAAUAAUGACGUGACACUAGAGAAAAGACUUUGCGGGUGCAGCGGACGAAAUGAUCACCAACAGUCGGAGCGCCGGUGUGGGUGGAUCCGCCGUUUGUCCGCAUUGUUAAAAAACUUAUUUCCGGCAGCGCCAUAACUCCUCCCAGAGACUAAACGCAGACUUUGCUUCUGUUGUAGGAACUUGGGACCAAAAGGACACACCGUUAAAGAUGUACUAUGUAGCUUUUCUAAGUGGAGGGUCUGCCGUCUCGCUAGAAUCCAUCUUGGUGCCCGGGGCCUAAACUGGACCAGUCACAGAACAGCGACGGUUCGGGCGUGCAGACGUGCAGAGGUUUGUGCAUUUUUGGACAACUGGAUGUAACUACAGAUUGAUUUUCCGGUUCGUUCUGCUGUUGUGAAGCAUUCGUGCCGAUGAUUUAAGAAUGAUAAUGUGUAUAAGUUAAUUGACAGUGAUACACCAGCU